AGCUGCCACAGAGAGAGAAAGUUAGAGAGAGAGAGAGAGAGAGAGAAGUGGAAAAAGCAUAGGUUUGUUGAGUGAAGUGAAAAUGGUGUAUAAGAAGAUUAUUGGUCUGGUCUUCUUCUUCAUUCUCUUAUCAGUACUUUUGCCAGCUUCAUUUGCAGGUCGCCAAGCAAUGCUUGCCAACAACCACCUUGAGAAGCAAGACAUGAAUGCAACUUAUGAGGAAGAGGUGAACGUGAUCCAUGAAAGGGUUCUUAGGGCUAAUACAAAGGACUAUGGAAAGUACGAUCCAUCUCCAACAUUUGUGAAGCCUCCUUUCAAGCUCAUCCCCAACUGAUGAUCUCACUUCAUCGUUUUCACACAAGACAAAAAUCAUGCAUGCAUGGGAUAUACAUACAUAUAUGACACAUAUAUAAUAUACAACGUAGUAACGUAUCCUCUCAUAUACAGUACAAGGAUCUGCACAACAUAUAUAAUCAGUUUGAGCGUUCUGUGUAUGUUAACCCUAGCUAGCUAGCUGCGCUUGUGUCCAAGAUAUAUAUGUCUAUAUAUAUAGUGUUUGAGCUAUAUAUAUAUAAUAUAUGUGUGUAUGUACUAUGUAGUAGUGUUCUUCAUAUGAAAUAUGUGUGUGUAAACAUAUAGCCUGUUUGCCGGUUACUGCGUACGCUAACAAUGUGUGUAGUUCCAUGUGCAUGUACUCCGGCCACGACAUUCUUGUCGUCCGGCCACCGUUAUAAGGUAGGUAUGUAUAAUAAUGUAUGUUGUAUAAUAAUGCCCCAAAUAAACAAAACCAUGUAGUUUUAUUUUA